AUGCGAACCAUUGGUCUUGGAGCUGUUCCUAAGGUUGUUAGAUCGUACCAUUCGUACGAGCAUGAUGAGGACCCGUUCUUCAACAAGGAGAGCCCAAAGUACCGGAUUCUGGAGAAGGCGAUGGAGUUUGUUCCCGAGUAUGGGUUCCAGCACAAGGCCAUCCUGGAGAGCUCGAGAACGUUUGGGUACUCAGAUGCCAUCCAAUCGUUGUUCCACAACGGCACUUUUGACCUGAUCAAGUUCCAUUUGGUCAGAGAGAGAUUGAGAUUGACCGAGGUUGUCAGUAAGACCGAGGAGUUUAAGCAGUUAUCGGACGAGAAUACCAAAGUGAAGUACCUGGUGAAGAAGAGAUUGGAAGGUAACGUUCCUUACGGGAAGCACAUCACUCAGUUACAGACCUACCUCGUGCUACCACCAAACAUUGGUGAGGCAUCGGAAGAGCUGCACAAGCUGAGUGAUGAUAUCAGAUUCCUAUCUGGCGACAGUGCCAACGACUUCGCCUGGUAUUCAAAGAGACUCUCGCUGAGCACCACCUACGUUGCACUGGAGACCUUCAUGGCGCAGGACAAGUCUCCAAACUAUACAAACACCUUUGAACUCGCAGACAAGAGACUCUCUAACCUCGGUGAUCUGGGCCAGGUCUACAAUGACGUUGAAGAGUUUCUGUUCUACACGGUGAACAGUGGACUGAACCUGAUUAAGAGCCAAGCAACAAGAGGUUGA